CGAUCAGCUGAUUACAAACUUAAUCAAAGAGGCACGAAUUUCGUCGAUACCCGUGUCAUUAUUGUCGAAUCCGGUACCGGUGGUGCCGGUUGCGUCUCCUUUGCGAGAGAAAAGUACAGGCCAAAAGGGCCGCCUAGUGGAGGGAAUGGUGGAGCAGGAGGAAAUGUGUGGGUUAUUCCGACGAAGGGUGAGACGAGUUUGCAUAAGGUGCCGCCACAUAUCAUUGCGGAUGAUGGCCAGACUGGGCAAGGUGAUGUGAUGCACGGGAGGGCGGGGCAGGAUAUCGUUAUUAAGGUUCCUCCGGGUACGGUGGUCACUGAGAUUGGUACACGUGAGAAGGUGAUCAAGCGAGGGCAGGAUAUGUGGGUUCACUAUCCCAAUUUCGAGGAUGAGAACGAGGCGAGUGAUCUUCUCCGCGCUGCUGCCCACAGGGUUUUGCUCGAAGCGCCGUCUAUUGUCCGGGAAGAAGAAGUGUUGUCUCAUGGGAAUAGCAGAGAACGCUUCUUGGCGAAGAAGAUCAUGGAAGCGGAAAACUUGAAGCCGCUGGGUGAGACGCCGAAAGUUAAUCUUGACUUUUCCGAUGCGGGCGAGAACGAUGACCCAUUUCCUCCUCAACUGAUUCUCAAAGGUGGCCGGGGUGGGCUAGGAAACCCGUUCUUCCAGACUCCGGAUAUCCGUGUGCCUCGGUACGCUACCCGCGGUGCACCUGGUACGAGGAUCAGACUACACCUUGAGCUGAAGACGUUGGCGGACAUUGGACUUGUUGGCUUGCCGAAUGCUGGUAAGAGUACGUUGUUGAGAGCGAUUAGUAACGCGAAACCGGAGGUUGCCGCUUAUGCAUUUACGACGCUCAACCCUUACGUCGGUACCAUUCCCUACCAAAACGCACAAAAGGUCAUGACGGUUGCUGACAUCCCCGGACUCAUCGCCGGCGCAUCCGACAACCGAGGUCUGGGACACUCCUUCCUUCGUCAUAUUGAGCGUGCCAAGGUUUUAUGUAUGGUACUCGAUUUGGGAGGAGACCCGUGGAGUGCGUAUCUUACCUUGAAGAAGGAGUUGGGAGCAUACAAGGAAGGGUUGGAUAAGAGGCGUCAGGUCAUUGUCGCAAACAAAGCGGAUACGGAGGGCUCGCAGGCGGCAUAUGCUGAGCUUUCGAAGAAGAUCCGUGAG